CCGGCCCUCUCUCUCCCUCUCCCUCUCUCUCUAUAUACUACUUUCCAUCCCCGGCCAUAUCAAUUUUGCGCCAAAACGAGAUCGCCGGAAAAGGGUCUCUCGGUAUGGAGUCCGGCAAACAAGGAGGGUCGGAAACUUCAAGCGAAGAGAAUGAUCAUGAUCGGCAAGAACAAGUGAAAGACGAGAUGGGCAGUAAAAGCUCGUACGAGUGCACAUUUUGCAAGCGGGGCUUCGACAACGCGCAGGCCUUGGGAGGGCAUAUGAACAUCCACAGGAAAGAUCGAGCCAAGACCAAGAAAAUCAGAAGCCCUUCGCUUUCAAACAAAGCAAACGAGGAGGACUACAUCCCUUCUUCUACAUAUAUUUCACCGGUUUCAUGCGAAGCAUCAAAGUAUUCCCCAGUUUUCGAGGCGCAAUUGCAAAGGAAUUGUCAUACGUAUUUUCAGCCACACCCACACGCUAAUUUCCAUCAAAGUGAUUUGUUUGGGUCCAAGUGUUUGAACCAACAACUUUUGGGUGCAAAUUUGAGCCUUCAAAUCGGCUCCAUGCAAGUAGAGGAUGAUGGAAUGAAGAGGGGAGUUAACAACGAUGAAGAAGUGGAUUUGGAGCUUCGACUAGGUCAUGAUCCACACUGAAUCUGGUUUCUUUGUGAAGGAUUAUAUAUAUAUAUAGACUAUAUG